AUGUGCCACCCCUCAUCAACCACUGCCGCCGGCCCCAGCCGCCCGACAUCGAUCGCUAUGCCGACGACGAAAUUCCACCCCGCCCCCGUCGCCUUCGAGACGCUCGAGACGCCCGCCCUCUCCCCUUCCUCAGUCGAGGGCGACAGCUACUUUGCCUUCACGCUCGGCUCGCGCCCGUCCUCGUCUGGCUCCUCGGGCCUCCGCACACCGAUGGCCACCCUCGUCGCCUCCACCCCUAUAGCGCACCCGAAGGCCCAGAAUAGCGAGGGAUAUACCAGCGCCGAGAGCAAGAUCAAGGAGAUCGAGGCGCAGCUCGAGGAGCUCGGACUCGAACUCGAGGACGUGCCCGAGGACAUCAUGGAGCUCCUCCUCGCCGCUGCCGAGCUACAGGACGGCGGAGAGGCGCUGAGGCUGCAUCUCCAGAACCUCGGCGAGGUUCUCUAA